AUGGCGCGAAAGCAUAAAAUAGCAGCGAUUGCAUUGUUGCUUAUAGUGCUAGUAGUCUGGACAUGCAUUGCAAUACUGAUCUCACUGAGAUCAGGCAGCAAAGAAAUGCAUGCAGAAGCGAAUUCAUGUGUGCAUAAAGCAAAUCUAGAUAGUUGCAAGUAUGAUGAUUUGAUACAAAAUGCAAAAAUAGAUGAUGCAAAUGCAAAACUAUUCAGUCUGUAUGGAAAUAGUGAAGAGAAGUGUAGUAUGGAAACGAAAGAAAACCCAAAGUGUAUCAUGGAUCAUCAAGAUGUGCCUGAAGAAGACUCUGGCUGUGAAUUAGAGAUACAAGCAUCAGAGAUGGCUUGGGAAGAUCGAUUGGUUUCACGAAAAGAUCGGCUGAUUUCGUUCAACACAAGAAAAGGUGUGUGCUUAGGAGAAUUUCUUUUUGUAAAACUGCGAAGUGUUAUCAAUCAGAUUCUUGAUGCAAAGCCAUCUGAAGAAAGGUGCAAGAUGUAUGGCAUUAGUUAUGAGCAAGGAGCUCUUGUUUGCCACUAUCUAAAGCAUCUACGGCUAUUUGUGCAGAAGCCCAUGAUUGCAUACGAUGAUUCAUUGAACUCAAUAGGAAUAUACGAUAUAUAUACUACAGCAAUCGAUUGCUUUACUGGGCAUAAGCUCACUCGAUAUCACAGUAAAAGCAAAUUGAAUAGUGCAGAAAAUGCAUACUCUGCAUACUUGCGAUCUUUUGUGGAUGAAAGAUUCGACCGAAUACUAGGAACAUACAAAAGCAAUCCAAAUACUGUGAUAACUCUUAGCAAUCACAUUAUCUAUGUAUUGCUUGAUUACAUACACAACUUCUAUACAGAUGCAAAAAAAACACUCAAUCUUCUACAGGCAAAAAUAGAUAUUGAAAAAAGAUGUACAAAGGGAGAAGCCCCAGGCGGAUUCGAACAAUCAAGAAACUAUUUAUACGAAGACAUCCUCGAAACUGUCAGGCCAAUUCACUUUGUCAACAACAAUGCAGAAAUAGUAAAGCCAAGCCUGCUUUCCUGA